CCUCGCGGCUGCCAUGGCAACCGUACGCCGCCGCCACCGCCGCCUCUUCACGCACGUCGGGAACUAACGGACUCGGCGGCCGCCCCCAACCGGGCCGCCUCGCCAACCGCCGGCCGGGCUGCGGCACCUAGUGUAGGUCUCUGCAAGAAGAUGAAUUUGGCUGAGAUUUGUGACAAUGCAAAGAAAGGAAGAGAAUAUGCACUUCUUGGGAACUAUGACUCAUCAAUGGUAUAUUACCAGGGGGUGAUACAGCAGAUUCAGAGACAUUGCCAGUCAGUCAGAGACCCAGCUGUCAAAGGCAAAUGGCAACAGGUUCGGCAGGAAUUAUUGGAAGAAUAUGAACAAGUUAAAAACAUUGUCAGCACUUUGGAGAGUUUUAAAAUGGACAAGCCCCCAGAUUUCCCUGUGUCCUGUCAAGAUGAACCAUUUAGAGAUCCUGCUGUUUGGCCACCCCCUGUACCUGCAGAACACAGAGCUCCACCUCAGAUAAGGCGUCCCAAUCGAGAAGUAAGACCUCUGAGGAAAGAAAUGCCAGGAGUAGGAGCCCGGGGACCUGUAGGCCGAGCACAUCCUAUAUCAAAGGGUGAAAAACCCUCUACAAGUAGAGACAAGGAUUAUAGAGCAAAAGGAAGAGAUGAUAAGGGAAGGAAGAAUAUGCACGAUGGUGCGAGCGAUGGUGAAAUUCCUAAAUUUGACGGUGCUGGGUAUGACAAGGAUCUGGUGGAAGCCCUGGAGAGAGACAUUGUAUCCAGGAAUCCCAGCAUUCAUUGGGAUGACAUAGCAGAUCUGGAAGAAGCUAAGAAGUUGCUAAGGGAAGCUGUUGUUCUUCCAAUGUGGAUGCCUGACUUUUUCAAAGGGAUUAGAAGGCCAUGGAAGGGUGUACUGAUGGUUGGACCCCCGGGCACUGGUAAGACUAUGCUAGCUAAAGCUGUUGCCACUGAAUGUGGCACAACAUUCUUCAAUGUUUCAUCUUCUACACUGACAUCUAAAUAUAGAGGUGAAUCUGAGAAGUUAGUCCGUCUGUUGUUUGAAAUGGCUAGAUUUUAUGCGCCCACUACGAUCUUCAUCGAUGAAAUAGAUUCUAUCUGUAGUCGAAGAGGGACCUCAGAUGAACAUGAGGCAAGUCGCAGAGUCAAGUCUGAACUACUCAUUCAGAUGGAUGGAGUUGGAGGAGCUUUAGAGAAUGAUGAUCCUUCCAAAAUGGUUAUGGUAUUGGCCGCUACUAAUUUCCCAUGGGACAUUGAUGAAGCUUUGAGAAGGAGAUUAGAAAAGAGGAUAUAUAUACCUCUCCCAACAGCAAAAGGAAGAACUGAGCUGCUGAAGAUUAAUCUUCGUGAAGUUGAACUGGAUCCUGACAUUCAACUGGAAGAUAUAGCAGAGAAGAUUGAGGGCUAUUCUGGUGCUGAUAUAACUAAUGUUUGCAGGGAUGCCUCUUUAAUGGCAAUGAGACGGCGAAUCAAUGGCUUAGGUCCAGAAGAGAUCCGUGCACUUUCUAAAGAGGAACUUCAGAUGCCUGUUACCAAAGGAGACUUUGAAUUGGCUCUUAAGAAAAUUGCUAAGUCUGUCUCUGCUGCAGACUUGGAGAAGUAUGAAAAAUGGAUGGUCGAAUUUGGAUCUGCUUGAAUUUCUGUCAGCUCUUUCAUUUCUGGUAUUUUUAUUUAUAAAAUGUGAAGAAAUUCCCUGCAGUUUUUUUUUAAGAAACAAGUUUAGAACUUUUCAUUGGAGAGACUUUUCCCUUAAAGGAAAAAACCUAAAACCACAAAGGAUAUAAAUAUAGCUGGGAAAGAAGAAAAGCUUACAUAGGGAGCCUGAUAGUCUCCAUCACCUGGCUUUGUGCUGGUACUCCAUGCGUUAAUAUUGCACAUACAAAGCAGUAUGUCAGGGAGGCUGAAGAGUGAUCAGUAUGCUCUUGGAGAAGCUUGUUUACAAAGGGUUUUGAAGGACCUCUCUUUUGUACUUGUACUUGUUGGUUUUUGUUUUUUUCUAUUCUUGGCUCUGAGCAUGAGGGACCUAUCUAUGUCAACUUUUAACAUCAAAACUGGGUUUGUGUCAAAUUCAUUGUUAAAAAUGAUAGUUUUGAAUUAAAUACGGAAUUUGUUAGUUAGACCUUUAGAAUUCCACUCUUACUGUCACAGUCUAUCAUAUAGUUGAAUUUUUAACCCUCUCCUCCCCUACCAUUUCUUCUAUUAGCUAUCUAAUCAUUUAUUCAGUUUUACGAUAACCUCAUGCCUUGUGGUCUUUGAAGUGUUUUGUCAGAUUGUUUCUCUGGUCUUUAGUAUUUUUUGCUGGUACUUAUGUGGGAAGGGUGGGAUUGCAUAAGAUGCACUUCUCCAUUCUAGAAUUCUGGAUUUAUUUUCACUUUUCUUUCAAUACAUUCAGAUAAGUCCUUUAUUUUCCUCAGCUCUAACAUUGAUUUUUGCUGAACUUGACUUUCAUAUUCUAAAUAAAUACUUUGGUAUUCUAAAGAAGUCCACUCUCUGUGGCUAAUGCAAAACAAACAAAACAAAAUCUUUAUAGUUUUCCAGACAGCUAGUUUAACAAAAUAGCAUUGUAUUUAAUGAGUGACAUUCAUUUGAAAUUUUAAAAUUUCUUGUCUAGGUUGAGAACUUAGACACUACAUAUAGUAAGAUUAGAAUAGAAAUCUGACAUGCACAUUCAGUUCAGCAGGGGUUAGAUGAUAACAAGAGGCCAAAAAUAGUAGAUGGUGUGUAUCUAAUCACAAGUAGAAUAUCCUGUUGUUUAUUUUUUUAAAGUUACAUUUAUCCCAUUUAGGUUGGGCAACCUGUGCUUUAAUGGUGAUGCUUUUUAAAGUUUAUACUUGAUGUUGUCUUGAAUUCUCCAUUUUGGAGAGUACCCACUGGUUUAAAACUAAAAAUAAUAGAACUUUUUAGACACAACAAAAAAACUCCUAGUAUCUUGGUUUAAGAGAAUUUUUUUCCCUGUUAAGAAUUAUAUAAUUUUCAGAUAACUUAAGUCUGAUUCAAAACUCCAGUAUUUUAUGCAAUGCUGUAAGUUACCCCCUUUCCUCUGAGGCAUAGUUUAUAAGAGUUAAAAUUAUAAGACAUCAUGAUUUUAUUUUAAUUGAAUUAAUUUAUUUUAAAAAAUUGAAAUAAGUUUUAUUUAUGAACUUUUAAAAUAAAGAAAUAAAUGAUCACACUAAGAUGACCUUGCAAACUGUUGCUAUCCAGUAACAUUUUUUUUUUUCCUGAAGUCCUAGGGGCAGCCAUUAAAACAUAUCUGUUUUGAUUGCUAAAACUUGUUAGACUGUUUUUCUAGGUCUUGUGUUAUUUGUCUUGGCAUGUAUUUCAUCUUUUUAAAAUCCUUCAUGGAUAAUGAUAUGGUAAUUAUGAUUUUAAAAAAUUACCAGUUAAGUAGUAUUUGGACACUCAAGCUUCCUAGAAGCUUAUCUUUGCUAUGAUGGUGAAUCAGGUGUACUUUUUUAUUUCCCUCUUUCUCAUUUUGUUCUGUCAAUGGAUGGGGAAUGCUUUGUAUUUCUUAACCCCCUUCAAGGAUCUUGAGGAGAUGGCUCAGGUGUUCUAUCCAGCCAUUACUGUACACAGUAUGUAUGCUGUCUUUAUCACAAGAUGGUAUGUUGCCUUACUCAGAAUGAGAAAAUUUUGGUGUUUUGCUUUCUUUUUUCUAUGUUGCAUUAUCAAAUUAGAACGAUUUGGUUCCUUUACAUCAUCUAAAAACCUGAUAUCUUGGGCUCUGCAACACAAUUAUCUUAGGACUGGGUUUUGUACUAUUCCGUCUUGCAGAUAUCUGAUCAGAUAGUUCCUUUGUUCAGCGGACUUGCAUUGGUUGCUUACUGUGUACAAGACCCUUGGGUGAAAGCUUUGUGGCUUACAAAGUUGGACCAGGCUGUGCAGUUCUGACUGGGCACUUCCUAUAAUUACACUGUGUUGCUUCUGGCUCCAACUAAUUAAAUGAGUUCAAAUCUUAAAAGGAGAGGCACAGUAAUCUAUAUAUGCUUUGGAAAGAUAAUAUAUACAGGUUUUUCUCUUUUUCUCCUUUAAAUCUGCUUUAAAACAAAAAGUUUGUUUGAACAAUGUAUCAUAGAUCUAUUUUCAUGAGCCAUUUCCCAAAGUUCAUGUAUAUUAUAAACAUGUACACUUGUAAUUAUGGCACAUGUGUAAUUAUGAUAAACAUGUAUGCAUGUUACAUGUUUAUGGUAAAUGUUUUGCUCUCAUAAUCAUUUUAUUUUUUAAAGGAACUUAGUGUUGAUGAAAUUACCAGACAAAUGACUUUUAAAUACAGGCUGAAGCCUUCUAGAAAUCCACACAGGAAAAUAACGAUGCACAGGCUUUUAUCUUCUAGUCAGUGGCAGUGUAGAGAUUCUAGAAUGAUCAAAACACAGUUUGGGCUUGGGCCUCUGUCUCCAGAAAAAGCAAGACUGCUUGGAAGAGGAAACAUGUUGUGGUCUAGCUGCAUAAUUAGGGGCUUUAGUUGAGCUCUUGAGAUUGCAGGUUUUAUGAUGUGAUAUUUGACUGAAAAGUAUAGGCUGAAACCACUAAUUACUCAAAAAGUGAGCAAGCAGUAUCUACUAUGAACAAACAUACAGGUAUUUAAGAGAAAAAAAAUAUGUGCAUACAGCUCCAGUGUACAAUAUAAUUGUCACUCAUUCUCUUGGCUCUAUGUAGCCUGACUCUACUGAACACAAAGUUACUGAUAUUCUUUAGGUUUUGCACAGCUUGAGUUUGUGUGAGCUCCUGCAUUGGAAGUUUCUUAUAUAGUGUUAAAUCUAUGAUGAGAAUUGUAAAAUGACAUAGUUAUGUUUCCCUCUACUCCACCCUAACUGGAGUUAAAGUGAAGGACUUAGGCAGGUAUUUCAUGUUGUGUGGGCUUUGGCUCCUUCAGUAUUAUCUUGAUUAUUGAGUCCUUUUUGUGUAUCAGUAGAUCCCCACUCUUUCUUUUAUCUUAGUUAAUAAAUCACCUUAACCUGUAUCCUGUGUGAUAGGUAUAAAAUAUUAAAGAUAUCUGCUGGCCUUUUCCAAGAAAGGGCCACAUUAACUUGAAGGAAACAAUAGUAAUUUUUCUUCUGACAUUUUUCUGUGUCUUUUGUUCCUUAAUUGUUUGAUUGUAUGGUAUUUUUUACAUAUCACUUAAUCUGUGAUGCACAUAAUAUUUAUGUGGACCUAAAAGUUUGUCACAAUAGAAAGAGUAGAACUACAUUUGGAGGGCUUGUUAGGAAAUAAAAAUAUUUGAACCUCAUAUGUUAUAUUCUCAUUUCCACUAAUUAUUUUUGUAGAAAAGGGUAAAAACUCUGUUAUAAUUACUAUAUUUACUUAUUUAUACUUUUAAAUUGGACUUUCCAUACUUAUUUAAUUUUUAAAGGAAAUUUGCUUUUAGUAUUGUUUCUUGAUGUAGAAACUGUAUAAGUACUUUAAA